AUGGCCGCAUCUGCCGCUGUCAAGGUCGUCUUGCUCGACAUCGAGGGCACAAUCUGCCCAAUCUCCUUUGUCAAAGAUGUUCUGUUUCCUUAUGCGCUGAAUGUCCUGCCAGAGACCCUGGAGACCCAAUGGGAUGACCCGAAAUUCGCCAAAUAUAGGGAUGCGUUUCCUCCCGAACAUGCGUCCUCAAAGGAGGCGCUAGCAUCUCAUGUCAGAGAUCUCAUGGCAAAAGAUGUCAAGAUUGCCUACUUGAAGAGCCUGCAAGGAUAUCUUUGGGAGGAAGGAUACGCCUCAGGUGAUCUGAAGGCACCCCUAUUCCCGGACGUGCCCGCGAAACUAUCAGAAUGGCAUGCAAAGGGCCUCAAGAUAAUGAUCUACUCGUCUGGGUCCGUCCCCGCACAGAAGCUGCUAUUCAAGCACACGGAUGCCGAGCCGUCGGACUUCACGCCCCUGAUAUCUGACUGGUUCGACACCGUGACUGCUGGUCUCAAAACAGAGACAGGCAGCUACGAGAAGAUCGCCGGGAAUCACCCAGAGAUUCCCGUCGGGGAAUGGCUUUUCCUCAGCGACAACGUGAAGGAAGUUGACGCUGCCAUAUCGGCAGGAAUGCAGAGCAUUGUCGUCCAACGACCGGGGAAUGCGGAACUUCCGAGCGAGGUUCGCUCACGGCUACCUAUCAUAGAGACGUUCGAUGCUCUCGACGACGAUCUCGGCAUCAGGGAGCAGUCAGCGGGUCCGAAGGCGUGA